AUGAGUAUGAAUGUUAGUUUACAAAUUCCAUUUCAAAUUUCAAAUUCUUCGACAAUAUUUGUCGAUAUAUUAUUUCAAAAAAUUCUCUUGGGAUUUUUAUUAUUUAGUUUAUCAAUGUUUACUGUAUUUGGUAAUUUUCUUGUACUUUAUGCAAUACGAACAGAAAAACGUUUAAGAGUCGUAUCAAAUUUAUUUAUUCUUAGUUUAGCAUUUGCUGAUUUAGUUGUUGGAAUGUUUGUUAUGCCUUUAAGUGCAGCAAAUAUUAUGGUUGGUCAAUGGCCAUUUUCGUUUGUUCUAUGUCAAAUAUGGUUAUCAACUGAUUAUGUUGCCAGUACUGCUAGUAUAUUUAAUCUUGUUCUUCUGAGUCUUGAUCGUUAUUGGGCUGUUGUUCAUCCAUUACUUUAUCUUCGAAAUCGUACAUUUAAACGAACAAUUAGUUUUAUUAUAAUUGUUUGGUUAAUAUCAUUAUUAUGGGCCCCAGCAGUAAUAUUUUGGUCACAUAUAAUGCCUGAAUAUAGUGAUAUUAUAAAAUCAACUGAAUGUGAUACAUCAUUUCGUUCAAAUAAAUUAUUUAAAACUUUAACAGCUUUAAUUAAUUUUUAUAUUCCAUUAUUAACAAUAAUAAUAAUAUCAUGUCGUAUAAUGAUUGCAAUACGUUCACGUUCAACAAUGGAAUUUGGUAGACGUAUAUCAUCAACAACACGAAAACAAAUGAAACAAAAUCAAAUAUAUAAUAAUUCAUCAAUAAUACGUCAUAAUUUACAAAAUAAUGAAAGAAAAAAUUCAACAUAUUUAUUAUCAAAUAAUAUUAAGGAAAAACCAAUAUCAGUAUCAAUUAUUGUUAAUCCAUUUGAUUCAAUAAUAACAAAUUCAAACAUUCCAUCAUAUAAAUUUAAUGUUAAUAGUCAAUUAUUAAUUAAAACAAAUGAACAAAAUAAUAAUAAUAAUAAUAAUAAUGUUUGGCAAUUAGAAUCAAAUGAAUCUUCUUCAAUUGAUAAUACAUCUUUUCAAUUAUCUCAUUUAAAACCUAUUCAAAUAUUAUUUCCAUCAUUAUCUUCAAAAAAUAACAAUCAUAAACGUAAAAGUGAAGAUAUAUCAAGAAAUUUUUCUAAGAAAAAUAUUAUGAAAAUUUCUUCAAGUGUUUCAAAUAAUAUGAAAUAUGCUGAAAAACAAACAAAUAUAACAUCAAUUGAUUUAAAACAUUUACCACGAACAUUAUCAACAUCAUCAACGACAUCUGAAGAAUGUCAACAAACAAUAUGUAUUAAUCCAAUUGAACAAGAUUUCUCAAUGCCAAUAGAAAAUAUUAAUGUGUAA